AUGGUAAUCCACUCCCAGGCAAAACACUUAGUUAAGGAGGCAGUUAUUGGACGCUUUGAACCACAUCUGUAUCAUAUUGAUAUUCCAUAUGUCAAUGUUAACGAGGUCUUCUUACCGGUUCUCAUAAAGAACCAUUGGACAUUGUAUGUAUAUGACCUAGAAAACAGGAGAAUCCAACUGCUAGAUUCUCGUCCUGGUAGAAAGAAGACAAUGUUGAGUGGAGUCCAACAAAAUCUGGCCAAGGUUGUCCUGUGGUUGGCUGCCCACAAAAAAGAGGUAUCACCUUAUGAUUUGAGGACAUUCAAUUUCAUAACACCUGAUGUACCCCUCCAAACUAAUGAGCACGAUUGCGGAGUUUUUGUAAUGAAAUUCAUGGAAUUGUGGUCAAUGGGGGGGUUCUCCAAAUCAAUCGAUGUGGGGAAAUUGAAACAUUACAGGUUGAAGAUCAUGGGGAGUAUGUUGUUCUCAGCACAAAAUGCACACCGAGACCGUGUCCAGAGAGAUUGAAGGGGAUUGUAAUUUGUGAUAAAACUGUUUAAAAUUAGCACAUUUGUAUGUAAUUUAUGGUGGACAUAUGCGGAAAUGCACACUGGGAUUAUGGGAUUAGUCAGAAUUUGAUUGUUUUUUGACUUAAGUUGCUUGUCAAUGCAUUGUAAGUAAAUAGGGCAAAUUAAAGAUGAUUGUACAUUAUACAGGAAAAACCAACUCCUGACAUUGUAUUGCCAAUUUUAUGGCUUAUAUAUUUAAUGAAGGAUGUGAUGA